AUUAAACACCUGCAUUUGACUUUAAACGUGAUAUUUAACUAAAUAUUAUAUAAAUAUUAAACUAUCAAACAUCGAAUAAUCUGACUUUGCGAUCAUUUUACUCCUGGUAAGGAUCUAAUAAGAUUUCAGAUAAAAACAAAGUGUAAACCUUUCCAAGCCUCUAAUGUCGCCGGUUUUACAUGGAAGUAAUGAACACGAGCCCUUGCUGUCAGAGGGAAAUAAGACGGAUGGAGUAGGGACGAACUAUCUAAAGAGACACUCUAAACGUGAAGAAGGGACGUCAUCUCACGUACCACCGAAAAGUCCUUCAUUCGGUCGUAAAUGUGCAAUCAUGACAACGUGUUUGGUCCUACAGUUUAUAGCGGUGGGGUUUGGGUAUUGUUUGAGUGUCUUGUAUGUAGAAGUUAUUCGAGUGUUCAACUCGCAGAGAUCAGAAGCAGCGCUUAUACAAAGUUUAUACUUUGGAACAAUGACUGGUGGCGGUGUUUGUUGGGCUUGGCUUAUCAACAUUGCCGGACCCGGACGUUGUGUUACCGGCGGUGCUGUUGUCGGCUGUGUCGGAUUCCUGGUCAGCGGCUUUGCUGUAAACGUUCCUAUGAUCGUUGCAUUUACUGGGGGAGUGGCAGGAUUUGGAAUGAGCCUCUGUUAUCUUGGAUCGUUUAUCACUGUGAGCUGGGUAUUCCAUGAAAACCCCGGGGUGUCCCUAGUAUUCCUGACUACGGGCUCCAGUCUUGGACAAGUGGUCAUGCCAUAUGUUACAGAUAUUUUUAUAUCCGUAUUCGGCUGGAGUGGUGCCUACAUGUUGCUAGCUGGAAUUGCUCUAAACUGCGCAGCUUGUGGGGUUCUCAUUCAUUCAUCCAGGGACUUCUUUCACAAGGGAGAUAACAAAGACAUGGAAAGCACUUUCUGUGACAGAGUAUGUGAUAGGGCAUUGCUGACAGAUCCUAUACUCCUAAUGACUUUGUUAAAUGUUCUUCUUUUAGCGACGACAGGUCCAAUCGAAGCCUGGUUCUUGGUAGAUUUUAUGGUGAUCAGAGGAUAUGAGAGGGAGACUGGUUCUCUGUUUGUUUCGCUGACUGGAUUCGCAAACUUUCUAGGGCGGGGCGUCGGAGCUAUCUUGCGGCUCUUUUGGGUUAUAAAGGACGAGCUAGGGACCUAUGAUCUGUUAUUCUACAUUGCGAUUGGUGCAAGUUGUUAUGUUUCCAUAGCGACGCUUGGGAUCAUUGUUUGUAUGAGAAGAGCGGGAACACUUCACAGACAUGAAAAAAACACGUUAAAGAAAGAAAAUACAGAACCAGUCUAUUAUAGUGUUGGACGAGAUGAAAUACAUGCGGACGCUAUCGACGAGCAGCAGCCCUUGUUAACAACACCUUCUUCCCAAACCUGA